AUGACAGGCAAAGGAAAAACCUUUGGUUUCGUUUCUACAAAAAAAAAGUCUCAUUCCCGCAACAACAAAGCCCGUCUCGAAUUCCCAGUUGGUUAUAUCGCCCAGUUCCUCAAAGUCGAAAAGUAUGUCAAACAUGUCGGUGCCAAUGCUCUGGUCUUCCUUGCUGCUAUGCUCGAGUACCUUGCAGCUGAAGUGCUUGAAUUGGCUGGAAAUACGGCGAGGGGUAACAAAAAGACGAGUAUCAUUCCAAGGCGCAUUCAGUUGGCUGAUUCAGCCAACUGAAUGUGCCUUGGAAUGAUCCUCGUCUUCUUGUUAUCCUCUGCCGCGUUUCCAGCCAAUUCAAGCACCUACAAACAAUCCAGAUAUGUAAAAUUC